AUGUCGGUGCGAGCCUUUCGAGGGGCCCUGCAAUUGUGGGCCCCUCGUGUCGAUGUCCUCACCCGAGGAGGGGUUCCCUGCAGAGGUGCCCUAAGCAUCGAAGCUGCACUCAAGUCGUGUUCUCUCCUCCCCACCAGAAGCCGUAGAGGAGAAGGGGCUGCCGUUGUGGGAAAGCCGUCCCUUGCGGGCACAAGUCCGCCUGCCUGGAAUCCCGUUGCGAGGCCCCCUGGAGAGAUUCCGUUCGAGGCCCCUUCAGAGGUUCCUGUCGCCGGAUCUUGUCUUGGAGUCUCAGCGAGGCUUUUUGCUGCGGCUGCUCAUGGGGCAGUUGGAGUGAUUUCCGUGAUCUCUCGAGGACCUGCUGCUGGUAUAUGGGAGCAGCGGCGGUUUGUAGCUCGCGUCAAAGUCCACCGAUUCGCGGGGGUAGUGCCCUUGAAAAUUCGGUCACCUAAGUCAGACUGGUAUUUGCAAGCGGAGAAGGAGUUUCUCAGUGAGAGGGAGCAGGUCCCAGAGGGGUAUAUUGAGCGAUGGCGAGAAGAGGACCUCUGCAAGUUGGAUCCUCCCCUGCGGGCAGCCCUGUCUCUACGCUGCGCCUCCAAUGCACAGCUGCACAAGUGGCGCAAACUGCAACUCUGUCGGCAGCUUCAACGCCGACCAUUUGAUACUGGCAGCAGCGCAGUCCAGAUUGCUUGCCUGACAGAGAACAUCCUGAACGCUCGUCAGCACCUCCUGAAGCACCGUCGAGACCACUCAAAGAAACGGAUCUUGUCUAUUUGGCUGGCAAGGCGCCACCGAGCUAUGAAGUACCUAUAUCGAACGGACUAUGACUUGUACAAGCUUACCUGUCAAAUCCUGCGCAUUAAAUGCGUUCACUUUGCGAUUCCUGACUCCAGGGACAGGCAGCGGGCCAUAAGUCCAGUUGCCGUGGACGGAGAUCGGUGCAAGUUCCUCAUUCGGCAACGCCUCUGGAAAGGACGAUACCGGCCUCGGCCUGUGAAGCAAGGAGAUGGGAAGACCGUGCGCUACACGCGCCACGUCAUGGAGCAACCGCCUCCGGGAUGGAAUUUGCCCCACGAAACAAAGCCGCGCGUUAGCCGAGCGUGGCCUUACGGAGUCAGAGAGGAGCGUCUCAAGGGCGAGUAUAUUAUCCCGAACCCCACAGCAGCGGGCAUUGGCUACUGCCCAGUACCCCUCUUCUUCUGA